GCUUCAUUUCCUUUCAGAACGGAGAAACCAAGAGAGGAAAUGGAGAAUUGCACCAUCCUACACCAGAGAAUUCAGAGACCAUAAAUGCAGCAGACAGAUCUUGGCCAUAACUUAAGGGACAAAUGCACAUCUGUUGGAAGACAUCUAGUCCCAUCACAUCAUUGCUCGACUUGAAGAAGUUUGCACAGUGAACCAUCAUCUGGAAAUCAGUCAGGUGAGGGGGGCUUUGACAUAUCAUCAGAUCUGAAACUGGUCAGUGGUGUGGAUUAUUCCAUCAGAAGCAACCUUUCUGAACAUCCGGCUGUGAGUGAUCAGUCAAGUUGAGGCUGGGAAGAAGUGUGAGCAAUUCAAAGUUAUGAUGAGAGCUUCAAUCAUUCAUCAAGUUUCAUGAAUCACCGACUCAUAAGUUGGAGGCUAUUCAAGUCUGAAGUUGGUAAUCUUUCUUAAUACACAAGGUGCAUCUGUGUAAGUCUGUUCAAAUAAUAGCAAUUAUAGUAGUAGAGGAAAUUUUCAACAGUGAGUGAAGUCACUUAUGCUCCAGUAUCACUGACACUGUUAUACUAGGGAGAGAUUGUUCAAAUCUGAGGUGUGUAACCAGGAAUAUAGAUGACCAUCUGGUCUGAUGAAUGACCAACGCAUUCAGAUGGGAAUAAAAACAUCCACUUGCAAUGUGCAAUAAAUCAUUCUCAUCAUCAUCAACCCUCCUCAUGUCCCACCACAUUCACACAGAGGAAAAGCCAUUCAUGUGCAGGCAAUGUGAUAAAUCAUUCGCGCUAUCGUCGAAACUCCACAUACACCGACGUGUUCACACAGGGGAGAAACCAUUCCGUUGUGAGGUGUGUGACAAAUCAUUCUCUCAGUCAGGACAGCUCCGCGUACACCGUCGUAUUCACACAGGAGAGAAAUUGUUCAAAUGCGAGGUGUGUGAUAAAUCAUUCUCCAUUUCAUCAAGACUCCUGCUCCAUCAGAGGAUUCACACUGGAGAGAAACCAUUCAGGUGUGAGGUGUGUGACAAAUCAUUCUUACGGUCAGAACAUCUCCAUGUACACAGAAGUAUUCACACAGGAGAGAAAUUGUUCAAGUGUGAGGUGUGUGACAAAUCAUUCCCAACUUCUUCAAGACUCCUGCUCCAUCAGAUGAUUCACACUGGGGAGAAACCAUUCAGAUGUGAAUUGUGUGACAAAGCAUUCUACUCAUCGUCGAACCUCCACACACACCAACGUGUUCACACAGGAGAGAAACCCUUCCACUGUGAGGUGUGUAACAAAUCAUUCUCUCAGGCAGGAUACCUCCGCACACAUCAACGUAUUCACACGGGAGAGAAAUUGUUCAAGUGUGAGGUAUGUGACAAAUCAUUCCUCACUUCACUAAGACUCCUGCUUCAUCAAAGGAUUCACACAGGGGAGAAACCUUUCCGGUGUGAGGUGUGUGACAAAUCAUUCACACAGUCAGGAAACCUCCGCAUACACCAACGUAUUCACACAGGGGAGAAAUUGUUUCAGUGUAGGCUGUGCAACCAAUCAUUCUCACAAGCAGGAGCCCUCCGUACACACCAACGCAUCCACACAGCAGAGAAAAUAUUUAGGUGCGACAUCUGUGACAAGUCAUUCUCACAGUCAGGCCAGCUCCACACGCACCAACGUCUUCAUAGGGGAGGUGGUUUAUUUAAGUGUGAGGUGUGUGAUAAAUCAUUCCCCACUUCAUCAAGACUCCUGCUCCAUCAGAGGAUUCACACAGGGGAAAAACCAUUCCGAUGUGAAGUGUGUGACAAAUCGUUCUCAUCAUCAUCAAACUUGCACACACACCAGCGUGUCCACACAGGGGAGAAACCUUUCCACUGUCAGGUGUGUGACAAAUCAUUCACGCAGUCAGGAUACCUCCGUAAACACCAACUUAUCCACACAGGAGAUAAAUUGUUUAAGUGUACGGUAUGUGACAAAUUGUUCUCACAAGCAGGAGACCUCCGCACACACCAACGCAUCCACAGAAGAGAUAAACUGUUUGAUUUAUCACACAACUCAGAAUUAUUCUCACAGUCAAGAGAACUCCACAUACAUCAUCGCAUUCACACAGGAGACAAAUUGGUUAAGUGUGAGGUAUGUGACAGAUUAUUCCCCACUUCACUGAAACUCAUGCUCCAUCAGAGGAUUCAUACAGGGGAGAAACCAUUCACAUGCGAGCAAUGCAAUAAAUCAUUCUCAUCAUUAUCAAACCUCCACACACACCAACGUAUUCACACACGAAAGAAACCAUUCCACUGUCAGGUAUGUAACAAAUCAUUUUCGCAGUCAGGAAACUUCUGCUUACAUAGACAUAUUCAAACAGAGGAGAAAUUGUUUAAGUGCCUGAUGUGUGACAAUUUGUUCUCAGAGGCACGAGCCCUCCACACACACCAACGUGUCCACAAAGGAGAGAAACCAUUCCAAUGUGAGAUGUGUCACAAAUCAUAUUCACAAUUAGGGAGCCUCCGUGUACACCAACGUAUCCACAAUGGAAAGAAAGUGAACGGUUUGUGACAUAUCAUUCUGCAGCUCAUGCCAGUUCUUCUGUCUUACAAAUGGGAGAAAGCAAGUGUGAAAAAUCAUUCCCCACCUUAGCAAGACAGCUGCAGCAUCAGAGGGUCCUUACAGAAGAGAAUGCAUUCAGGUUUGAGGUGUGUAACAAACCAGUCUUGUGGUCAGGACAUCUCUACAUACACCACCGCAUUCACACAUGACAGAAAUUGUUCGAGUGUGAGGUGUGUUACAUAUCAUUCCCCACUGCAUUGAGACAAUCCAAGAUUCACACUUGAGAGAAACGAGUCUUUUGCAAGUUGUCUUACAAAUCAUUCUUGAAAUCGUCGAGUCUUUACAACCCUCAAUGUGUUCACAAGAAAGAAACCAAUUAGUUGUGAUGCACGUAUCAAAUCAGUGUUAAGUUCGACUCGCUGUAAUCACUGGCGUUUUCACGCAGGCAGAAACCAUUCAAGUGUGAAGUGUGUAAGUAAUCAUUGUCAAGAUCCUGGAACGUCCUGCUCCAUCAAAGUGUCCACACUUGGGAUUAACCCUUCAAAAGUUAAUUUGUGAUCAACCUUCCAAAGAUGUAUUAAACAAUUUAUGAAUCAGGACAAUUUCUUCAGAUGCAAUGUUUUUGUUCUGUCAGUGUAUUUCCUGGUCCAUAAGCACCCUCACACAGGAGAAAUCCUUUCUGUGUGAUUCCUGUACUAGUGCAUUCACACUGUUAUUGGAGCUCCUGAAAUAUCUGUGAACCCACACAGAAGAUGAACUCUUCCACUGUGAUAUGUGUCCGGAUUGUUUCAUCUCCUCCUCUGUCACAGACACCGAUGUCUCCACACAGACUUGGAGCCGAGUCACCUGCAGAGCUGUCUGUGUUGUUUCCUCUCUCGUGCUCAUACAGGGGAGAUGUUGUUCCAAAGCACUGUCUGUCUCAAACCUCUCACACCAUCAGUUCAAACUUCUUGAGAAGGUUAAUUUAACCUUUGAACAGAUCGCCAAAUUUCACCAAAAGAAGCAGAGGAAUACUUGAAGGGUACGCUCACUGCACAAGAUGUCCAGUGAUAUUGCAGUACAGAACAAGAAGUAUCUUUCACCUUGAACUCUAGUUAUCUCACUUUUAAAGGCAUCCUAAUUGUUGGAGGUCCCUUUGCCUGCAAACAAGCUACUCCAAUCAACUCCUGAAAGCUGCUGUCUAAUUCCAUCAAAAUUCAGCUUGCCCAAUUUAGAACUUGAACCUGUGGACCUGUUGUGUCCCUCUUCAUACUAUUUUCAAAUUAAUAGAACUAUGCACACUGGUCCUAAUGUGCUGCACCACUGUCACCUCCAUCGCUUAUCCUGCCCUAUUUCUCAAGAGUUUUACCCCUUCCUGAGUUGGAUCUUCUAUAUACUGCUUGACAAAACUUUCCUGAAAGCAUUUAAGAAAUUCCACACCAUCUGAGCCCUUAAUACGCUGGCAGUCCUAGUCUAUAUUAGGAAAAUUAAAAUCACCUACUAAUGACAACCCUAUUGCUCUUGCAAGUCUCCCCAAUAUCCCUGCAAAUUUGUUUGAUUCCUGUAACCCCUUGCUUUGUCCUAGCUCCACCCAAAGAGCAUCACUGGGUGAUUCUUCAGUUAUUUAAUCGUGAUACUCACCUUAAUCAAAAAUGCAACUCCUCCUCCCCUCUUUCCACCAUGUCUGUCCCACCUAAAGCACCUGUACCCUGGCACAUUAAGUUGUCAGUCCUGUCCCUUCCUUAGCUAUGUUUCUGUAAGGGUAUAAUAUCCCAGUCCCACGUACCUUUCCAUGUCCUGAGUUCAUUUCCCUUACCUGUCAGCCCUCUUGCAUUGAAAUAGAUGAUGCAACUUAAUCCAACAGGCAUUGCUUGCUCCCUGUUGCGUUCCAGCUUGACCUGUCCCUUCAAUUUCCUAUUUCUGAUUACUCUAUCUCCUUCCAGCUUCGCACUUGCCUCCUUGUUAUUGAGGGUCUCACCCCAUCCCCCUGCCAUUCCAGUUUAAACCGUUCCUUGCCCUUGACAAUGUUCUGCAGCUGCUCUCAGACAUCCUGCACCCAGGAGGCAACACACCAUCCUUGAUUCCCAAUAGCGGCCACAGAAUCUCUUAUCUGUUCCCCUAACUAUUGAGUCUCCUCUCAUUAAGAUCCUGUUUGUCUUUAUCCUUUUCUGUUCUGCGCCAGAGUCAGUUGUAGUGCCACCAACCUGGUUACAAAGAACUGAAAGGUACUAACUAUUCUCACUUAUCAUUUGUUUAUCAGUUUCUGCCUGUAACCAGUGACUGAGACAGUGAAUAGUUAGUGUGCCAACUGCUCUCUGUCUGCAAUGAAUAUCUUGGAAAGAAAAGGUUUGACAAUUAGAAGGAUUUGGAAGAAGAAAGGACACCUCAGUUAAUACAGUGGACUGGUAUUCAGCUGAACUGUAUUCUAAUAAAAUUCUCCAUACAUAAGAUCAAUGUUAUUUUGAUUGACUAUGUCUGUCAAUAUGUGUGUCGGAGUUAAGAAGAGGUACCGUUAAUUUAGAAAAUUAUAAGAUCAUAUUUUGUUUG